GCCCGCACGCGCCGGUACCGACCCGCGGCCCCCCCGGCGGGGGGGGGGGGCCAUGGAGAACCGGCACCGGUAGCCUUGGCCUCGCAUGAGGACCCAUCGCACGGGGACAACCGUUGCACAAGGACCGAGGUGGACCCAGGACCCCCCACCCACCCAUGGCCCCCCCUUCCCCCCUCCUCCACCUCCCUCCCCCGCACUGGGCGCCGCGGGGGGGGCCGCCCCGGCGCCUGACUGCUGUCACCGCUGUCGUCCUCGUCGCCAUCGCGGCUGUUGCGGCCUGUCCCGCCGUGUGCCGCUGCGCCGGCGGCCGCGUCUACUGCAACGACCGGGGGCUGACGGCCGUGCCUGAGGGGCUCCCGCCCGGCGCCACCACCCUAUUCCUGCAGAACAACCGGAUCGGUGACGCGGGGAUCCCAGCGCGGCUGGGCCGGCUGCCGGCCCUGCGCGUGCUCUACCUGUACGCCAACGCGCUGGAGCAGCUGCCGGCACACCUGCCACCGGCACUGCGGGAGCUGCAUCUGCAGGAGAACAACGUGCGCGGGCUGUGCCGGCGGGCGCUGGCGCGGGCACCGCUACUUGAGCGCCUACACCUGGAUGACAACUCGGUGUCGGCAGCCGGCAUCGAGGAGGACGCCUUCGCUGAGAACCGCCGCCUGCGCCUCCUCUUCCUCUCACGCAACCACCUGAGCAGCGUGCCGGCCGGGCUGCCGCCGGCGCUGGAGGAGCUGCGCCUGGACGACAACCGCAUCCACACCAUCCCGCUGCGCGCCUUCGAGGGGCUGCCGGCGCUGCGGCGCCUGGUGCUGGACGGGAACCUGCUGGCCAACCAGCGCAUGGCCGACGACACCUUCAGCCGCCUUGGCAACCUGAGUGAGCUCUCGCUGGGCCGCAACGCGCUCGCGGCCCCGCCGGCCAACUUGCCCCGUGCGCGGCUGCGCCGGCUCUCGCUGGCCGCCAACGCCAUCAGCCACGUGCCAGCCGGUGCACUGGCACGGAUGAGGGCGCUGGAACGACUGGACCUGUCGGACAACAACCUGACGACGUUGCCACGGGGGCUCUUUGAUGACCUGGGCAGCCUGAGCCACCUGGGGCUGCGCAACAACCCCUGGUUCUGUGGCUGCAACCUGGCCUGGCUGCGAGACUGGCUGCGCCGGCGUGCGCCGCCACGCCUCGAAGUGCGCGGGCUGCUGUGCCAGGCACCCGCGCGGCUGCGGGGACUGCCGGUGGGCGAGCUGCAGGGGGAGAUGGACGCCUGUGACACCCCCACCGCAGGGGCCGGGGGGGCUUCCCCCGGCAUCGCAGCCGUGUCCCCAGCGGCUUCAAAUGGUGCCAUGGCCGCCUCGCCAGGGGCUGCGGCCACGCCAGGGUUGUGGGUGCAGGCGGCACCGGGGGGGGCCUUGCGGGUGCGGUGGCCACCGGCCCCCCCCCGGCGCAUCCCUGCGGCUGAGCUGGCUGCGGCCCGGAGGGGGGGCCGUGACCGAGACACUGGUGCGGGGGGAGCGGGGAGAGUAUGUGGUGCGGGCGCUGCAGCCCCGUGCCCCGUACCGCGUGUGCCUCGCGGCCCUUGAGCCCCCCGCCGCUCCCCCACUCUGCACACAGGCCCGCGCUGGGGCCGGGGACCCCCCUCCCGGUUCUCCCGGUGCACCAGCCGGGGACUCC